UGGGGGUGCAGUCCCACUGGCCCACGAUCAUUGUACCGACAGUGAAGCCGGAGUCAUGACGAUCAAGAGACCCGGAUCAGCGCCGCAAUCGGUGUGCAUGACUGGUAGAUAUGCGCUUGACCACCAUUAGUUUAAUCCUUGCCUGCGCAUGCAAUCUGCACUACUGCAAGUCUCGGCCUGGGGAUCUUCACCGUAGGAGCGUUGUACCUGGUUACUGUAGCCUCCUCCGACUGGAAGGGGACCCUUCUGUGCAAGCGCACGGAUUGUCGAUUCGUGGGGGAUUGUUUCUCUCUUGGUUGCACGCUCUUAAGAGUUGCUAAUCGACCAUGGAAGGCCCGGCGCUGCACUUGUCGCAGGUUGAUGCCGACCUGAGGAAGUUUAAGGGGUUUGUCGAUGUCCCCUACCAAAGCUGGUCGUCGGGAACGACGAUAGCAGACCUCGAGAAGGAAAUUGCGUCCCAAACGGGGCUGAGGGUUGCGUUCAUUGCGUACCGUGGUGCGCGCUUGGCCAAGGACACGCAGCUCUCUAAGCUGGUCUUGGAUCUGCAUCAAGGCUCCAAGCUGAUUCCUCGCUUUUCGGUGCACACAACGUCGGGUGACAACAUCUUCUUCGUGAAGUCGUUGAAAGGUAAUUCCAUAAUGCUUGAUUUGCCGCUCAAGAGUACAACCGUGAUGGAGUUGAAGGAGGAGGUGGCGGCCUUGGAGAACAUCCCGACCAAGUAUCAGAGAUUCAUCUACAAUGGCCAACAUUUUGCCGACGGUGAGCUAUCUGUGUGCCGUGACACCGUCAAGAAGACCCUUCACGACUACGGCGUGGAGCGAGACAGCACGCUGCAGCUUCUGACUCGUUUGCGAGGUGGUGCCACCGAUGUACCCGCGUCGAUCGAGUUUUCAGACUUGCAAAACCAGAAGGCCUUGAAGGUCUUAAACUGGUCGAAAACCGCUCCCGUCUGGCGCAUCGUAGAGAAAGGCUUGAACCUCGAAGGCAAGUGCACGAACAACGCGUGUCCUGGGAACGGUCAAUUGGUGAUAUGUCGAAAGGGCUUCGUCGCCGUGAAUCUUUCCAAGGAGCAAGGUACCUGUCCGAUUUGCAAACAAGGGGUGCAAGUCAAGACUUGCUCCUUCACGAGUUGUAUGUGGAUGUAUGAGGGCCGCAAAGCAAUCACCAACUCCCCACCCUUACGUGGCUCAGAACUGUCACGACGGUGCAGUAAGGUUACUAAUCUUCUUACAAAGUGCUUUAGUGGGAAAUCUCCAACCGAUGACUACUACCCCACGUUGGAGAAGCAGCAGGACACGGUCGGCCAAGACAUCGUCAGUCCGUGGUAUAGAGCAUCGGACAAGUAUGAGUAUUUCAAACGGGCAAACAACAUGGUGAAGUGGGAGAAUCUGAUCAUCGUUGCAAAGAAACUCCCAGUUGUUUCCAAAGAUGGUCCGAAUGCGGAGGCACCGCAGGAUGAGCCUUGUUCCAUCUGUUUCCAGGCAUUUGGACCCAACUCAGAUGCAAACAAGAACCAUACGACCUCCUGCGGGCAUACUUUCCACGCCGAUUGUGUGGAAUCGUGGCUCUCGUGCGGAGGAACUGCUUGCCCAAUUUGUAGGGUUGAUCUCGUUGUAGAAAAGUGACGACCUCCACCUCUGGGUACAAGACGACGACCCCAAUGUCUCCAGACGUGCCUCCAAGUCACCUUGCUACUCGCGGUGCACAGGGAGUCUCUAUACAGUGGUAAUGUUUAGUCCUUUUUUUAUGUAGUUUUUGUUCACAACACUGUCUUGCAUCAUGUGUUCUUGCUACGUGAUGAAUGUUCGGCUCUUUGUGUUAACAAAAAAAAAAAAAAAAAAAAAAAAAAACUCCCCCACAAUUU